AUGAUAAAAGACAUCUUUGCUUCCAUUGACAGUGCAAAUGUGAGAAAGUUUACUCCUCACUUCAGUUCCCGUUUUAAACAAGAGACUCAAGCUGCUGAAGCAUUAAGAGCUACAGAAGCUUUAAGAGCAGCCGAAGCUGCUGCAGCUGCUGAAGCUGUUAGAGCUGCUAAAGAUGCUGAAGAUGCAAUAAAAGCUGCUGAAGCUGCAAAAACAACAACAGCUAUGAAGACUGCUGAAGAGGCUCGAGCUCGUGCUGAUGCUUUCAAAGCUGCUGCUGAAGCUGCUGCUAAAGCUGCUAAAGAUGAAAUUUCUAAGAUGGCUAAAGCUGCAAAAGCUGAGCGAAAAGCUGCAGAAGCUGAGCGCCAAAGGGAAAAAAUAUUACAGGAUCAAGCUAAUGAAGCUUAUAAGAAAGAAGUUGAAACAAGGCAAGGAGAAAGCAUUAAAAAGCUAGAAUUACUUCUGGCAGAAUUCCAAAGUAAAGCUAAUAAAGACUUUGCAGCGAGAAGAGAGCUUCAACAGAGAUUAGAUGCAGCUGAAAGACGAGCAGCUGAAGCAGAAGCACGGGCUGAUGAAAAAUCAUGUACAGUUAUGUAA